AUGAGGUUCAACGCUGUUAUUGCCUCCGCCAUUUUGGCAGUCACUGUUUCCAGUGCCGCCAUCCCAGCUCCCGUUGAAGCCGUAGCUUCCCCCGUCGAGGCUGAACCUGAGCUAGUUGAGGUUCCAGAAGAGUUUGAGGAUGUCGAGAAGCGCAAUGCUGAAGCUGAACCUCAACUACCGACUUGGCCCCGCCCAUACGGCUUGCCUCAUGGAAAGCGCGAGGCAGAAGCAGAACCUCAACUGCCGACUUGGCCCCGCCCAUACGGCCUGCCUCAUGGCAAGCGUGAGGCCGAGGCCGACCCCCAAUUGCCCACUUGGGAUCGGCCCUAUGGUCUUCCUCACGGCCGACGCGAAGCCCUGGAGGCGUAA